AUGCGCGUCGGCUACGUGCCGCCGGACAACCCCAACGAGGUCCUGUAUACGUUCCAGACUUUCUUUGAAGCCUCGAUAGGCGUCUUCGUCCUCGCCACCAACGAGGGCUGGCCGCUGCUGCUCUCCAGGCUCCUCGACCGCAAUCCCACCCAGCAAGUCGCUCUGUCGGUUCUCGUCUUCCUCUUCAACUCGGCAGUCUCGAUCUUCGGGGUCAAGAUGUGCGUGGGCAUCAUCGUUGACGCGUCCCGGAGUAAGAAGGCUCGCAUGGAGAUGGAAGGAAGUCUGCUCAGCGCGACGGUACACAAGUGGAUUGAAAUUCAGGAGCUCCUCUUCAACUCGGCGCUCCAGCACGGCGACACCAUGCCAGACUUCACCGGGGUCGACAGCAAACGGCUCGCGAUGGCAAGGAAGAAAGCUGCUGCACUGAUAACAAGCGGAUGCUUCAGAAUGGCCGUUGCCGUCCAUACGUGCCUGUGCUGUCUCCUUCUUUUCUUCUACGGCCCGUGGUACGACAUGACACUCGGGCCCCAUCGGCAGGGCCGACGACUUGAGCUCCACAUCGCCAUUGUGUGUCUUUCUGCUUUCUUUUUCAUCGAAAUCGGUACGAGAAUCUUUGCUCGCGGCCGUCUGUUUUUUCGCGAGGCGUUGGACAUCCUCGACGUUGUUCUUUGCUGCCUGCUCGCUGGGACCUUUGGCGCUGGCGUCGUUUUGUGGAUGGGGUGGGUCUGGCGCGUGGACGCACUGACCUCCUGGCUCCUAAGUUUACGCCUCUUCCGGAUCGCGCGCUUCCUAUACCGCCAGAUGCCCUUUUUCCAGACGUUGUUUACAACGAUCUCGCGAGUUAUGGAGAGCUUCCUCAGCGUGCUUACGCUUCUGGGCCUCUCGAUUUUCUUCUUCGCCACCUGGGGGGUCGUCCUCUUCAGCGGCGCCCCAGUAGAAACGUACUUCAAUCGCCACGCAAACUUCAAAAUGCUGCCGAGGGCCGUGAUGGCGCUGAUAGGCAGCUGCACUGGCGAGGACUGGCACAUGAUUCUUCAGCAGCUGCGGAUGCACUACACCGCGACAGACCAGAAACUGCUCCGCGUGACAGUUGUGGUCUUCUGCAUUUCCUUCAUCGUCCUCGUUUUUUUCAUCCUCAUGGAUCUCUUCACCACCGCUGUCCUCGACGAAUACAUGGACACAGUGAAGGACGAGAACUUGUGGAAUAUUUCGUGUCAGAAACGCGUCUUGAUUGAACGCUGGAACCCCAAGAACGAGCUCAGCACGAACUACAAAAGCCUCACUGACAUGAUCGCCCUCCUGAGGACGAUCGACCAGCCAAUGGGCAUAAAGCACCGUUUUCACCCCGAUGAGAAACGGCAGAAAGUGCUCAAGUACAUCGCCAAAUACGGCCUUCCAGUCUACGCUGGGGCGCGAGUCCAUCUUCGGGACGUGGUUCUCAACUGCGCCAAGCGAGCGUGCGAAUUCCACGCCAUGAGUCACGGCGUCAUGGACAUGCAGGACGGCCAGGUCGAGCUGAAUCCGCGCCCUCAUCAGCAGUUGGAUGGGGAAGUUUCCCGAGCUUGCCCACGUGGAGACCAGGUACGACCUUCGCCACCACUUGGCCGCGGAGACGCUCCAGAGCUGGUUCCGAAGACAGCGCAUGCGACUCCACGGAAAGCUCGCGAACCCAGAGUGGUGCGCCGCUCGGUUUGUGUCUUUCGCGAUGGAGAGUCGAACGGCCCACCUCCGCCGGCCGAGCGGCCGCGCAGGGCACCGCGCAAGCCAGAUCGAUCGUAG